UCCUGCCACGUAUUGCAUGUGGUUACAUGAUUCCAACAUCAAGACAAGACAAGACAAGAUAACCUCAAAAAAUGGCCUCAACUGCGUCUUGUACAAUUCCUCUUUUUUGUUAAUUUAAUCUCUGUUGGAAGCUACUCCAACACAUAAAAUGGCUGCAAGCUUUAUUGUAGAUUCCUGCACGGAAGGUCCAACUACUUAUGACAGAUUUCAAGAACUCAAAGCCUUUGACGAAUCUAAAUCAGGAGUCAAAGGCCUUGUAGACGCUGGAAUAACCAAAAUUCCUCGGAUUUUCCGCCGGCCAAAGGUGGACCAGGAUUCAGUCAAACCAAUUCAAAUCCAGUUUGCUAUUCCGAUCAUUGACCUUCAAAACAUUGAAAACCGGUCUGAUGAGGUGAUCGCGGGAGUCCAGAAGGCGGCGGCGGAGGUUGGGUUCUUCCAGGUGGUCAAUCAUGGGGUGCCCCAAAGAGUGUUGGAUGAGAUGUUGGCGGCGGCGCGUGGCUUUCACGAGCUUCCAGUGGAGGUGAAGAAAGGGUAUUACACUCGGGUGAGAACCAAAAAAGUGAAAUAUGGGAGUAACUUUGAUUUAUAUGAAUCAAAUUAUGCUAAUUGGAGGGACACUUUGUUUUGUGUUAUGGGACCAGAACCUCUUGACCCACAAGAAUUGCCUCUAGUUUGCAGUAGGAAAUCUUGGAUAUCCUUUGUCCUUUGGAAACAGAAUUUGUCCUCAAGAAAUGAGCAUUUAAUUUUAUGCAGAGAUCUAACAAUGGAGUACUCAAAACAGAUUCAUAAAUUAGGGACUACUUUAUUUGAGUUGCUAUCCGAGGCAGUUGGGCUAAAGCCUGACCACCUGUUAGGGUUGGAUUGUCCAAAGGGGCAUUGUCUUCUGAGUCACUACUACCCUGCAUGCCCAGAGCCUGAACUGACUAUGGGAACUACUAAGCAUUCUGAUCCUGAUUUUCUCACCAUCCUACUUCAAGACCAAAUUGGUGGACUCCAAGUUUUCCAUCAAAAUCAGUGGAUUGAUGUUCCUUUUGUACCCGGGGCUUUAGUUGUUAACAUUGGAGAUCUCUUACAGCUUAUAUCUAAUGACAAAUUCAAAAGCGUGGAGCACCGGGUUUUGGCAAAUCAUAUAGGCUCUAGAGUAUCUGUAGCUUGCUUUUUCACCCCUCAUCUAUACCCUUCAACAAGGAACUAUGGACCAAUUAAGGAAUUGUUAUCAGAAGAAACCCCUGCUAUAUACCGUGAAACCACAGUGCAAGACUUCAUUAGCUACUAUGAUUCAAAAGGACUUGAUGAGAACUCUGCACUUACACACUUCAAGUUGCAAGGAUAGCUACUGAUAGUUGGCUUUGUUUAAUUAAUCACUCUUGCUUGAUCUUCAGUUUUCAUCACAACAUCCAAGGAUAUGAAUAUACUGUUAAGUUUUUCAUAGAUUGUUAUGCUAGUAGCAUCACAAAAUAAAUGAAAAAUCAACUGCGAUACACUACGAGAUGAAAUAUCUUACCUGUGUUUACUCAAUGCCAUGGAUGCUUACUUAUGAUAGAAGAUCAGCUCUCAAAUCCCUAGUAUUGCAAGAAUCACUAGU